CCUUCUGCAAUCUAAUUUCAUGGAAUUUCACUCAUAAUUUCCACCUCCACUCUCACUUUCAUCAAUAUAUACAUACACCAUAUCUAUACGUAUAGCUCACCAUCACUCAUCUUCUCUUCUGAUCCAUUUUUUGGGAUCUGUAACGCAAAAUCUGUCUCCGUAGCUAGGGUUUCCUGUUUUUCUCUGAUUCCAACAACUAUGAAGGUUCAUCCUGCGCCAAAUAAGCGGAACAUCACCGUCCGGUACGAUUUUGGUUCACAGUCCAACGCCGCUGCUACUAUCUGCCGUCAAAAGAAGCUCCGGCGACUUCCGCACAUCUUUGCCAAAGUACUUGAGCUUCCGUUUUACGCCGACGCCGACGUUUCGAUCGAGGAAACGUCUGAUUCGUUGAUAUUCAUUGUUGAUACGGACGACGAUAUCGGAACCGACAUCGCAGCUCAUACUAUUGAGAUCUAUCCUGGCGUGACGAAAGUUGUUGUGAGAGGGACACGUGGUGUUGGUGAUUGUGGUGGUGAUGUAAACGAGUUGGAGGUAGAUUUGUGGCGGUUUAGGCUUCCGGAGUCUACGCAGCCCGAGCUUGCUACGGCGGCAUUUAGUGAUGGAGAGCUUGUGGUUACUGUACCGAAAGACGUUAAUCUGGAGAGAAAUCAGGAAGAAAUUUGGGGUGAAGGUAACGGAACUGGACGGCUUGUUCUGGUACAGUAAUAUCAAUAUGUUAUGUUGUUGGAAGUUGCUAUUUCUAUUAAGUUCAAUCGAAUGUUGUUUUAGGUUGAUGAUCAUCUUCCUCAAUGAACAUGUGCUAAGCGUUUUUGAUGUUGAUGAUGAUAGCUGGUUUCAGACCUUCAGUUUUUUUAGAUUUUCUUCAAAUAUUUCUAUCUUGAUUAUUUGAUUUAUGAGCUCCUAACUAUGAGCUUUAUCA